GAUCACGUUCUCUCUCUCUCUCCUUCGCGCGCUCUCUCUCUCUCUCUCUCUCUAGAAUUCCUCCCUCGCCAUGCCCGAUCUGUUCUUCGUCAAAUCCAGGCGCUGGAGCGGGAAACCCUAGGCGGGCAUCAGCAGCAGGCGGCGGCGGCGGCGGCGGCGGCGUUGGUGGCGGAGCGUUACUCCAUGGAGGAUUGCGCGGGAGGGAGCGAGGGCCGGUGAGUCCCCGCGGUUUGGCCCCCCCUUCCCCCAUCGGGGUCCGUCCGUUCGAUCGAGCCGAGGUUGUCGGCGGCGAGCCGCGUCUGGUAUUGGCGGAGGACCCCCUACCCCUCCCCGCCGGGAGAUCGCCCGAAUCCGGAACUCGGACGAUGAAGGGGCUUUUCAAGUCGAAGCCGCGGACCCCGGUGGACGUGGUCAGGCAGACGCGCGAUCUCCUCAUCUUCGCCGAUCUCAACGGCGAUGCGCGCGAGAGCAAGCGCGACGAGAAGAUGGCAGAUUUGUAUAAAAAUAUAAGGGAGUUGAAGUCAAUUCUCUAUGGGAGUAGUGAAGCUGAGCCGGUAGCGGAAGCUUGUGCACAGUUGACUCAGGAAUUUUUCAGAGAGAACACUCUGAGACUUAUAAUAAUUUGUCUUCCGAAAUUGAACUUAGAGGCUCGUAAAGAUGCUACUCAAGUUGUUGCAAACUUACAGAGGCAACAAGUUUAUUCCCGUUUGAUUUCGUCAGAUUACCUUGAAGCAAAUCUCGAUCUUAUGGAUAUUUUGAUGGAAGGUUAUCAGAACACGGAGAUGGCUUUACACUAUGGGGCAAUGCUGAGGGAGUGCAUACGGCAUCAGGUUGUUGCAAAGUAUGUGUUGGAAUCACAGCACAUGAAGAAGUUUUUCGAUUACAUUCAACUCCCAAAUUUUGACAUUGCUGCAGAUGCCGCUGCAACUUUUAAGGAACUUUUGACGAGGCAUAAAUCUACUGUAGCUGACUUUCUUAACAGGAAUUAUGACUGGUUCUUUGAAGAGUAUAACUCAAAGCUGUUGGAGUCGACCAAUUACAUCACCAGGCGACAAGCUGUGAAGCUUCUGGGAGAUAUGCUGCUUGAUCGUUCAAAUUCAGCAGUGAUGAUGCGUUAUGUGAGUUCGAGGGAUAAUUUGAGGAUUCUCAUGAAUCUUCUCAGGGAGUCAAGUAAGAGCAUCCAGAUAGAAGCAUUCCAUGUGUUCAAGCUCUUUGCUGCCAAUCAAAAUAAACCUCCUGACAUCGUCGGCAUACUCAUUGCAAACAGAAGCAAGCUUCUCCGCUUGUUUGCGGACUUUAAGUUUGAUAAAGCGGAUGAACAGUUUGAGGCAGAUAAAGCUCAAGUAGUCAAAGAAAUAGCAGCGCUCGAACCGAAGGAAAGUGCAUGAACAAGCCGGUUUUGUAUCUUAUGUCCAUAAGGAUCGCCGUUGUCCUCGCAAUUAUAUAGCUGUGAAUUAUGAGAGGCUCUUCAUCCUCUGUAAAGUAAAAGUUCCAGUAUCUCGCCCGCCCCGUCCUUCGAGUAAAUUAUUUUUUUACCAGAAUGCAAAUUUUGUAACCUAAUCAAUCAGCGGAGCAAUUUGUGUAAGACACGUCUGUAUAUUUGAUUUGCCCGGUGCUUUUUUUCGCGCA